CUCCCCCUGCCUGGCAGUCAGGGGCUCUACCUACACACAGAUUUCUGCCUCUCCCUGGACAUAGAUCUGUUGGCAGAAGGGACGACACUGAGAGCUGGAGCAACAAGACUGCAGGAUGAAGAGUCGGGGUCCUACAGAGGAUGUGAAGGGUGCAGCUCAUCAGAGAAAAUGGCACCCAGGAGUUUUACUCUUUAUUGCAGCUUUAAUAUGCUCUGCCUUCUCCUUGGUAACUGGCUGUAAUAAAGCCCUCUGUGCGAGUGAUGUCAGCAAAUGUCUGUUGCAGGAACUCUGCCAGUGCCAAGUAAAGGAAGGAAACUGCUCCUGCUGUCCCGAGUGUUUGCUGUGCAUGGGGAGCCUGUGGGAUCAGUGUUGUGACUGCGUUGGAUUAUGCAGCAAAAAUAAGGAAAGCAAAAAGCAUUCAGCUCGGCGAAGCUCCCUGGAAGAGCUGCCUGUCUCUGUCCCCUCUUUAUUCCGGGCUGUGAGUUCCAUGCAAGAAGGAGAGUCAGCCCUUGGAUGGACAGCCCAUAAUCUGCCUAUUUUGGAGGAGCUGGCACAGAGUACUCACAUGGACCAUAUUUUGCUAGGGGCACAUUCAGUUGUGACUGCUUCACCCUUGACAAACAUAUCUGGUUCCUGCACAGUGUUGUACUUUAACCCUUGCAUGUCCAUGAGACGUUGCCAUCAGUCCUGUGAAUCUGUUGGAUCACCCAGGUAUCGUUGGUUUCACAAUGGCUGCUGUCAGUGUGUGGGACCAGACUGUCAUGGAUAUGGAAGCAAAGAACCCCUCUGCCUGCAAUGCCAGCCCAAAGAGAUGAUGCCAGAAGGAAAAAAAGAGAGGGCUACAGUAUGAGAGGAACCUUGAAUAACCACUGGUUAAAAACCAACAAAUUACAAUACUCAGUUGCCUUAAACAUAAUUAAUGCAAGAUAAUGUGUGUAUUUUACAGACCUACCACAGAAUAUAGUAGGUGGCUGCUUCUAUAUAAGGGAAAACUGUGUCAGUAUUGUCAACCUUUCCUGCUGAAGUUCCAGAGCUUAUUGGACUAUAAAUGUGAGCUUUCACACCCCAAAUUUGCUACAUAGCACAUUAUGUAGUCCUAGUAUUAUACUGGCUGGCAGAUCUGAUUCUUUUGGUUUCUAAAUUCAAUGAAAAAUAAUAAUAAAUGGCUGAAUUCUAAAUGCCUAAAACGCCUAAA